UAGCUAUAUGGAGCUCAUAAUGAUUCUUGUGAAGACAGUAGUCCUGUUGACCAUGACUGGGUAUUUAUAUCUAUUUUGACAAUCUUCCAAGCCCUUUCUUAACGUAGGUAUAUAACAUAUUCUUUUCUAUCUGCAAAUACAUUUCCUUUUGUACGUACAAAUGUUUAUCCUUUUUUGGGUACCGAUAAAAACAAAUUUUACAUUCUUCUUUAAGAAACACAUAGGUAUUUUCUUAUAAUUGGUCCUAGACAAGCAGAUAUGAAGAAAAUAGCGAAUAAAUACUCCUAGACGAUCCCCGUGAAGCACAGACCUUUUUCAGAGUUUAGUGACCUUACUCACCCAAACCGAUGAUUUUCCUUAAAUCCCAUAUCCGGGGUAUUCGUCCCAACUGUUACUCGUUAUAUCUUUGAAUCACCCCCCUUCUUAUUUACCCUCCCCCUCCCUACUGUCUACCACAAAAGAGGAAUUACAUUGUCCCCCUCUCCCUUCCGAAUACUAAAAAAGAAGAAUUUUAUUGAGGGACAACGCUGACGGGGGACGUGACUAUGAAUGUCGGAUGAAAUGGAUAAUGUGAGGAUACGACAAAGUUCUUUUGUGAACGAAUUAUGGUCGGUUUAGAGGAUAAAUCGAUCUCAAUUAAAAUCAAAAUAAUCAAAGUGCAAGAUAAUCCAGUAAAGUGUAUGAACCAUCAAUAACUAGAAAAAAUGAGGGAUACUAAUUUAGUAAAAAUAGCUGUGGAAUUGCCCAACCAACUUCCUCAGUUCAGGGAUAUGAAUCAACAACACCCUUUGAGUGGGAUAAUUCAGGAGCUUUGCAAUGCCUGGAAUUUAACUGAUCCUGAACAGUAUGCUUUACAAUUUAAUGAUGUCAAUAAUAAAAAAUAUAUUACUGAAAAAAAUCGCAAUGAAAUUAAAAAUGGAUCUGUUUUGCGUCUUGAAUUUUCACCCUCAAAGACAGCUCAAGAUAUUUUACAUAAACUCAACAUGGGAACAUCAGAGGACAAAUCACAAGCUUUAAUAAAGUUAUGUAACUUAAGCUCUGAUAUAACAUUUGCUCUAGACUUCAUUAAUAAGCAAGGAUUGGCAUUGAUAAUCAGACAAAUAGAGAAUACCAAGGGUGAAGACAGCAACAUACUUACACAGAGUCUUUUGUCAUUUGUUGAGUUGAUGGAACAUGGAAUAGUGUCGUGGGAUAUUUUAGAGAGUAAUUUCAUCACAAGAAUUGCUGGUUUAGUGAAUUCAAAACAAGAACAUCAGAUAACUGAAGCUGCUUUAUCGAUAUUGGAAAAUGUUGUGUUGAAUAGCACAGAAGGAUAUGGACAGGUGGAACGUGAGAUACCGAUAUCGUCACUUAUUACGCAUUUACAAUCCUCAGCAGUGGUGCAACAAAAUGCUGUUGCUUUAAUUAAUGCUCUAUUAAUAAAAGCUGACCAGUCUAAGCGUAGAAGUAUGGCUGCGAUUUUGGCAUCAAAGCAAGUAAGGACUACAAUCCAGGGUUACAUAAUUGACAAGGGUGUAGCUGAGGGAGCUGAAAUGGCCCAUCAACUUUACGUAUUGCAGACAUUAACUUUAGGGCUUUUGGAACAGAGAAUGAUGACCAAAAUGGAUCCUCAGGACCAAGAAAGUCAUGAUAAAAUUAAGGAGUUACGUAGAAUAGCCUUUGACAGUGAAGGGGCAAGCAAUGCAAAAGGUCCUUCAGGUUUUACUAGAGACUACAAAAAAUUGGGUUUCAAAAACGAUAUCAAUCCUGCCUUAGACUUCAUAGAAACUCCCCCGGGACUUCUGGCGCUUGAUUGCAUGAUAUAUUUUGCCAGGAUAUAUCCAGAUUGCUACACAAAAUUGGUCUUAGAAAACAGUUGCAGGGCUGAUGAACACGAAUGUCCCUUCGGAAGAGCGAGCGUGGAAUUGGUCAGAAUUCUCUGUGAACUUUUAACCAUUGGAGAAACUCCUUCAGAACAAGGACAAGCGUUUCAACCUCUUUUUUUCACUCACGAUCAUCCUUUCGAAGAAUGUUUUUCCAUUUGUAUAGUUCUUUUGAAUAAAACAUGGAAGGAGAUGCGAGCCACAUCUGAAGACUUUGAAAAAGUUGCCAGUGUGGUGCGAGAACAAAUCCUAAGAGCCCUAGAAACGUCUCCUUCUUCUUUGGAAAAGUUAAGGGCGAAGUUACAAUUAUUAACGUAUAGCGAGAUAACAGCCCUUUGGCAACAGGAGAGAACUUCACGCGAGGUGUGGGAAUCCCACGCCAGACCCAUUGUGGAACUGCGUGAACAGAUAACCCCUGAAAUAAUGGGUUUAAUCAGACAACAGAGAUUGGCUUUUAUGGUGGAAGGAACAAGAUUUACCAAGUAUUCCACUAGAGGUCAAAGAGUGAAGGAUAAAUUUUGGUUUAUGCGGCUUUCACCAAAUCAUAAAGCACUUCAUUAUGGAGAUUGUGACGAAAAAAGUGCACCAACUAUCGAAGAAUUAACUUCUAAAAUAUCGGUAUCUGAUAUAAGAGCUCUAUCCGUUGGAAAAGAAUGUCCUCAUAUGAGAGGAAAGAAGUCGUCGCAUCAUUUAGCCUUUUCUUUGGCCCUUGAAGGAGUUGAUUUACAGUCUCUAGAUUGCGUAGCCCCUGACGAAUUAACUUUGGCCUAUUGGACUGAUGGGAUCAACGCCCUUAUAGGUCAGAGAAUGCAGAGUAAAGAAACUGAAAAAGAUCUGGAUAUUUUGCUCUCCAUGGAAAUUAAAUUAAGACUUUUGGACGCUGAAGGAAUUACUAUCCCACAAGAUCCUCCUCCCGUUCCUGCUGAUCCUCCCAAUUACCAUUUUUGCUACGAUUUAAAGUAAAUCGUUUUAUCAGAUAUACAUUUUUAUAAAGUUUUUGUCGAUAGAUAUAUCCCAUUACUCAAAAAUUUCAGUCUACUUCAUGGUUCGUAAUGCGAACGAAUUCUUUGGAUUUUUAAAACAAAAGUAUUGGAAGUAAUUAUUCGUGCUAAUCCAUAAUACAUGGUUUUUAAUUAACUUUUGCGCAAUGCUUUCAAAGGAAAACUCAAUUUAUUCGCAGCUACAAUCUAUUGAAUCUCUACUAAAAGACUGACAUCAUUAUACAAAAUUUCUUUUUGAAUUUUUUUAAAUUUUCAUUCAAAUGUUCUCGUAAAUUUUAUUAUAUAAUUAUUUUUUACAUCUUGCAUGUUUUUUUAUGCUUUUGUGCUGUCACAAUAUAUCAGGUUAUUAAUUAGUCAUUUUUAAUGUAAUUUUUAGGAUUAUUAUACAUUAUGUAUUAGGUAAUUUAGUAUAGUAUUGAUACUCAUGCAUGAAAGGUAAUAUCAUUAAUUUUAUAUACUUAUUUAUAUUAUCAUAUAGUCAUUACGUUUUUAUGCUCCUACGUUUACCUCCUAAAGAAUAUUGGAUCUAUUUGUUAAUGGUUGUAAUCCUAUGUUUUUAGUUUGAAUUUUUUUCUACACAUGUCUGACCAUUUUAUUAAGUUGUGAGAGCUACCAAAGCCGUACUAUUUUUUUAUUAAUGUCGUUUUUAAAUCAAGGUUCUAUACAAUUUUACUAGUAGUGUGUACGAAUUUUGUCUAAUAAAAUUCUUAAAACCUA